CAAUACUGUCACAAUACACGUUUAUGUCCAUGUACGUUGGACGCAUUUAUUGUUAACUGCCCAUUGCGAACACACGCAUUUAGAAGUCUCUUCAGUGAUCAGGAAGACCUACUCGCCAAUACGUCAUGUAUCUGCAAGUAUUUACUCUUCUUCUCCUGGUCACCUGUGCCCUGGGAUCUGUUUCCCGUGGUGCGAUUGAAACGGAAACAAACAAGUGGGGAACAGUGAUUUCCUUUUGUACCUACAAAGGUAUUCGGUUCCUGCCCGGAUCGAAGUGGAAAACAACGGAAUGCAUGGACUGUUCGUGCUCAGACUCAGGACUCUACUGUCAAGGAUUUGGCUAUGCAGGAGGGGCAUUUGGGGCACCUGAGGGCUGCAAGGUUGUCAAUGAUGCCUGUCAGAUUAGGAUGGUGGAUGCGGAUGAUGAAUUGGACGACUGUGCGCCACCAGAGCUAAACAUUCAAGAGUAAUGUACUCCUGCAUCUGAUAAAAACAUCAAGUAAC